UCUUCCGGCUCCCGAGUCCGCCGGUACGGAGGGGGAAGCGCACCUGGGGCUGCGCGGGGCGCGACCACGGGGACAGCUGGACCCGAGGAGGCGGCAGGUGAGGGUCUUCGGAGCUUGCCAAGCGCUCCGGAGUCCACGCAGGACUGAGCGCCGCGGCCGGGCGGGUCGCGGGCCUGGGAAGAACCCGAACGUCUCGCUUCAUCGUUGGUCUGCGGCUUUCCCGGCUCUGGACUACACUUCCCAUCGUCCCCCGCGGCGCGCGCCCUGCUUGCGCCCCCUGUCGGCAUCAGGGCUCAUAGCCCGGGUCCAUAGACCCCUUAGCUCUGCCAUCUCAGGACUCUGCCCUUCCCUAAGAGAGAAACCAGGAGGAGGACCCGUCAACCCAUGAAAUUUUGACAGUCAUGUCCCUUGGUUCAGACUUGUUCAGGGAUGUGGCCGUAGUCUUCUCCCAAGAAGAAUGGGAACAGCUGGUGCCUGCUCAGAGGGAUUUGUACAGAGAUGUGAUGUUGGAGAUCUAUAGCAACCUGGUCUCACUGGGUUUUGCCAUUUCCAAACCUGAUGUGAUCUCCUUCCUGGAACAAGGCAGAGAGCCCUGGAUGGUGGAGAAAGUAGCGACAGGAGGCCAGUGCCCAGUAUUGGAGUCCAGGUAUGAUACUAAGGUAUUAUCUCCAAAGCAGCACAGUUAUGAAGUACAGUCACCCCAGUGGCAGAUAAUGGAAAGCCUUACAAGUUAUGGUUUUGAGUGCUCAAGUUUCCGAGAUGAUUGGGAAUGCAGAAGUCAGUUUGACAGGCAAGAGGGAAAUCCAGAUGGACAUUUGAGUCAAAUGAUAAUCGAUAAUGAAGAAAUGUCUGCUUUUGACCAGCAAGCAUCUCUUACUUUUUAUCAGAAAAUUCAUAUUGGAGAAAAACCCUAUGGAUAUAAUGAAUGUAGAAAAGACUUCUGGCAAGAGGACUUCCUUAUUAAUCAUCAAGGGAUUCAUACUAAUGAGAAACCCUACAAAUGUAAGGAAUGUGGGAAGGCCUUUAAAUAUGGCUCACGACUAAUUCAACACGAGAAUAUUCAUUCUGGCAAGAAACCGUAUGAAUGUAAGGAAUGUGGAAAGGCCUUCAAUUCUGGUUCAAAUUUCAUACAACAUCAGCGAGUUCAUACUGGUGAGAAACCUUAUGAAUGUAAGGAUUGUGCAAAGGCCUUUAGUCGAAGCUCACAGCUGAUUGAACAUCAACGAAUUCAUACUGGUGAGAAACCCUAUCAGUGUAAGGAAUGUGGCAAGGCCUUCAAUCGGAUCUCACAUCUUAAAGUACAUUAUAGAAUUCAUACUGGUGAAAAACCCUAUGCAUGCAAGGAAUGUGGGAAGACCUUUAGUCAUCGUUCUCAGUUGAUUCAACAUCACACUAUUCACACUGGCAAGAAACUCUAUGAAUGUAAAGAAUGUGGGAAGGCCUUUAAUCAAGGCUCAACUCUUAUUCGACAUCAGAGAAUUCAUACUGGUGAAAAACCCUAUGAAUGUAAGUCAUGUGGGAAGGCCUUUAGGGUGAACUCACAACUUAAGCAACAUCAGAGAAUUCACACAGGAGAGAAACCCUACCAAUGUAAGGUAUGUGGUAGGGCUUUCAAACGGGUCUCACAUCUUACUGUACAUUAUAGAAUUCAUACGGGUGAGAAACCAUAUGAAUGUAAGGAAUGUGGGAAAGCCUUCAGCCAUUGCUCACAACUGAUUCAACAUCAGGUAAUUCAUACUGAGGAAAAGCCCUAUGAAUAUAAGGAAUGUGGGAGGACUUUAAAUCAUGACUCAACUACCAUUCAACAUCAGAGAAUGCAUAAUAGAGAAACACAAGUGAAUUUAAUAAAUGUAGAAAAACCUUCCAUCAGCACUUAUCCCUUAUUAAUCAUCAGAGAAUUUAUGUUAGCAAGCAACCAUAUGAAUGGAAAUAAUGGGAAGAAUCAGGUAUCCCAAUGGGAGAAAAUGGAAAAAUUUAUAAACAAAGAUCCUGAGAACCCCAGUUUCCAAGAUGACUGGGAAUGUGAAGGCACAUUUGAAACAUAUCACAGAAAUGAGGAAGGACGUUCCAGUCAAGUCAUAAUCACUCAUGAAGAAAUACCUGCUUUGACACAGCAAACAUCCCAUAACCUGCUUCAUAACAUUCCACCUGGAAGUAGACCCUAUGUGUGUAAUGAAUGUAGAAAAGGCUUUUGGCAGAAGAAAUGUCUUCUUAGUCAUCAGAAAAUUCAUACUGGUGAGAAAUCUUAUGAAUGUCAGCAAUGUGGGAAGGCUUUCCAUCGCCGUUCCUAUCUUCCUCAACAUCAGAGAACUCAUAGUGGGGAAAGACCCUAUGAAUGUACCGAAUGUGGAAAGGCCUUUGGUUCUGUCUCACUCUUUACCAGACAUCAGAGAAUUCAUACUGGUGAGAAACCCUAUGAAUGUAAGGAUUGUGGAAAAACCUUUGUUCGGCUCUCACAACUUAACGUACAUCACAGAACUCAUACUGGUGAAAAACCCUAUCAAUGUACUGAAUGUGGAAAAGCUUUCAGUUACUUAUCACUGAUUAUUAAACAUCAGAGAAUUCAUACUGGAGAAAAGCCCUAUGUCUGUAAGGAAUGUGGAAAGGCCUUUAGAGGUAUCACCCAACUUAAUGAACAUCAAAGAACCCAUACUGGUGAGAAGCCAUAUAAAUGUAAUGAAUGUGGAAAGGCCUUUGGCCAUCGUUCAUAUCUUCCUCAACAUCAGAGGAUCCAUACUGGUAAGAAACCUUACAAAUGUAAGGUUUGUGGGAAAGCCUUUAGGCAGGGCUCACAGCUUAACCACCACCAAAGAAUUCAUACUGGUGAGAAACCCUAUAAAUGUAAUGAAUGUGGGAAGGCCUUUAGGCAGGGCUCACAGCUUAAACAACACCAGAUAAUUCACACCGGUGAGAAGCCUUAUGAAUGCAAGGAAUGUGGGAAAGCCUUUAGUCAGUGCUCACAACUUACUCGACAUAAGAAAAUUCAACCUAACGUAUGUAAGAAAUGUGGGAAGGUUGUCAUCGGUCUGGAGAGCUGCCACCAUCAGCAGCUACCAUCAGCCUUCUUCUUGGCCGAAAUAUCAACAAAUUGGGCCCAGGAGUCUCAGAGGAACCUCUGUGAAAAAAGGCCCCUCGAGCUACCUAAGAACACGCCCCUCUCCGUUAAACCACGCCCCGUUCCACGCCCCUCGAGUCUAACCCCUCCCCUUAUUCCGCCCACCUGGGAGAUUCGGCGCCUGCGCACUCUGUUCCCGGGCGUCGGCUCUGAAGUCUUUCGGCCCAGUUAUGUGGGCAGUGGAAGCAAAGAAGGCUGGGAGGAAGAAAGAGAAGAUAGAGUUUUUAGGCUGGUGAUUCUGGGAGUGCAAAGGCCUCAUCUUUUCACUCUCCUUUUUCUCCCUUCAGCCUUACCCUUCCAGGACAGUGCUGUUCCCCAAGAGAAAAGCCAGGAAAAGGAGGCGAAAAUGACAGUUGAACCAGUGAAAGCCAUGCCUCAGGACUUGGUGACAUUCAAGGAUGUAGCAAUAGACUUUUCCCAGGAGGAAUGGGAAUGGCUGAACCCUGCUCAGAGGAGUUUAUACAGGAGUAUGAUGUUGGAGAACUAUCAGAGCCUGGUAUCAGUGGGACUUUGUAUCUCUAAGCCAUAUGUCAUCUCCUUAUUGGAGCAAGGGAAAGAGCCUUGGGAGAUGAAGAGUGAGAUGAGAAGAACCCCAUUCCCAGAUUGGGAAUCUGUAUAUGAGACACAAGAAUUACCUCUGAAGCAAUUUGUGUGUGAUGAUGUAUUAAUGGAGAGAAUUAUAAGCUAUGGACUUGAGUGUCCCACUUUUGGAGAAGAUUGGAAAUGUGAAGAUCUUUUUGAGAGGCAGUGGUUAAGCCAAGAGACAUUUAUCAGGCAAGAAACAAUCACUCAUAAAGAAACCCUUACAGUGGAAAUAGACCACAAAUAUAACAAAUCUGGGAAAUUUGUCUCACUGGACAAUAUAGAAGAGAAUAUUUAUAAUCACAAGUCAGAUAAAAAAAGCUUUUCUAAAAAUUCCAUGGUAAUAAAACACAAGAAAGUCUAUGUAGGAAAGAAACUUUUUAAAUGUAAUGAAUGUGAGAAGACCUUCACCCAGAGCUCAUCCCUUACUGUUCAUCAGAGAAUUCAUACUGGAGAGAAACCGUAUGAGUGUAAGGAAUGUGGGAAAGCCUUCAACCAGAGUCAACACCUUGCCCAGCACCACAGAAUACAUACUGGAGAGAAACUGUUUGAAUGUAAGGAAUGUAGGAAAGCCUUCAGCCAAAAUGUUCACCUUAUUCAACAUCAAAGAAUUCAUACUGGAGAAAAACCAUAUAAAUGUAAGGAGUGUAGAAAAGCCUUCAGCCAGCCUGCACACCUUGCCCAGCAUCAGAGAAUUCAUACUGGAGAGAAGCCCUAUAAAUGUAAGGAAUGUGGAAAGGCCUUCAGUGAUGGCUCAUCCUUUGCACGACAUCAGAGAUGUCACACUGGCAAAAGACCCUAUGUAUGUAUUGAAUGUGGAAAAGCCUUUAGGCAGAACACAUCCCUUAUCCGUCACUGGAGGUAUUAUCACACUGGGGAGAAACCCUUUGACUGCAUCGACUGUGGGAAAGCCUUCAGUGAUCACAUAGGACUUAUUCAGCAUAGGAGAAUUCAUACUGGAGAGAAACCCUACACAUGUAAUAUGUGUGGAAAAACCUUUAGCUAUGGCUCAUCCCUGACUGUCCAUCAGAGAAUUCACACAGGAGAGAAACCAUACGAAUGUGAUAUCUGUGGGAAAGCCUUUAGCCAUCAUGCCUCACUCACUCAGCACCAAAGAGUGCAUUCUGGAGAGAAGCCUUACGAAUGCAGGGAAUGUGGGAAAGCCUUUAGGCAGAGCAUACACCUUGCUAGUCACCUGAGGAUUCAUACUGGCGAAAAACCCUAUAAAUGUAAAGAAUGUGGGAAAGCUUUUAGCAUCAGUUCACAGCUGGCUACUCAUCAGAGAAUUCAUACUGGAGAGAAACCUUAUGAAUGUAAGGAAUGUGGCAAAGCUUUCAAACAGAGAGCACACCUUGCACAGCAUCAUAAAAUUCAUACCAGAGAGAAACCUUAUGAAUGUACUGAAUGUGGAAAAGCCUUCAGCCAGACUACCCGCCUUAUUCAACAUCAGAGAGUUCACACAGGAGAGAAACCCUAUAAAUGUACUGAAUGUGGGAAGGCCUUUAGUGAUAGCUCAUCCCGCUCUCAGCAUCGGAGACUUCACACUGGCCAAAGGCCCUACGAAUGUGUUAAGUGUGAGAAGGCAUACAGAACAAAAUCGUUGCUCAUUUGUCAUCAAAGAUGUCAUACGGGGGAGAAACCUUAUGAAUGUAGCAUGUGCGGUAAAGCCUUUAGCCAUCGGCAAUCCCUUACCGUUCAUCAGAGAAUUCACUCUGGAGAAAAACCAUAUCAGUGUAAGGAAUGUAGGAAAACCUUCAGCCAGAUUGGACACCUUAAUCUACAUAGAAGAAUCCACACUGGAGAGAGAUCUUAUGAAUGUAAGGAAUGCAGAAAGGUCUUCAGACAAAGUGCGCACCUUGCUCAUCAUCAGAAAAUUCAUGCUGUAGAGUCAUCUCGGGCCCCCAGCUCUUCCUCACCUUCUGUGUCACCAAGUCCUGUUGAUAUGUCUGCUGAAUAUUUUUGGAAUUCAUCCACAUCUUUCUAUUCUCGUUGUCCUAGUCCAAAACACUGUCAUUUCACCUGGACUAUUCCAAUUGUCUAAUAACUGGUCUCCUUGCAUCCUCUUUUGUCCCCUUCAAGUUCAUUUUUCACACUACUGCCACAGUGGUAUUUUCAAAAUGUAAAUGUAAUUUUAUGACUCCCUUAAAACCCUUGCUAUGAAAUUUUGAACUACUUGAUGCAUACAAAGUACUCAGCACAGUGUCUGACCCAGACUAAGUGCUCCAUAAUGUUAGCUCAGUAUCCUUCAGAGUCUGCUUGAAAGUUAUUUUUAAACAGUGAACUCUGGAAGGCAGUAUAUGUACUUGGAGAUCAUAACAAUUUUGGAACUGAAACAAUGUAUAUGAUGAGGGUUAGCAUGAGUAGUAUGUUUAAAGCUUGAGAUCACCACAAAAUAAGGCUGUGUUCCUUUGUUGAUGAGGAAAUUCAGUGUGACCUGAUACAUAGAAUAUGUUUUAGGAAAUGUCUAGAACUCUGGAUAAGACUGGAACAAAAGAACUAGAAUUUACUGGGAAGAAUGUAAGACUAUAUUUAUUCAAGGCAGAAAGUAAAAAUUCCUAACAUUUAAAAUGGAAGAAACAGAACUUGAAUAGUGUAGCCCUCUUCUAAGACACCUGGGUUAACAGAUUAAUUCUAAACCUUCAAGGAAUCAUAAUUAAGCUGUUCUAGAGUGUAGAAAAAAUAAUGAAAUGGAUUAUUUUGCAGUAUUUGGAAUACUUCUUUCAUGAGGCUAAUUCAACCCUAAUAUCAAACCCAGAAGAAAAAAAAAUUAUAGAUGAAUUUACUCAUGGUUUUAUAUAUAGGAAGGAAAUUAUUAACCUCUGUUAAGGAGAAUAGAGGUUCUGAAUAAAUGGAGAUCUGUGUUUCCAGAUGGAAGUUUCAAUAUUGUUAACAUGUUUGUACAGUCAAUUCCAGUCACAAUCCCUAUAGGAUAUCUUUACAUUGACAGUUCUGUUCUGAAAAUCAUGUAGAAUGGUAAAUAGGAAAGCAUCACAAGGAAAUUUUUGAAAAAGAUCGUAUACCCAUGAAUUUAGUUUAUUGCAAAAGUAAUUAUUUUUGAUGUGUCGGUGGGAGAGAUGGAUUACUUAAAUGGUGCUUGACAGUUAUCCAACUGGAAAUAAGGUCAGAUCCACAUUUAACCCCUUACAGAGAAGUUCAUUCAAUAUGAUUAAAGAUGUAAUAUGAAACAAUAUUAAGAUUCUAGAAGAGAAUGUAGAAUAUUUCUAUCCCUUUGAGUUCAGGAAGGCUUUGGUAAGCAGGACACAGAGUCCAGAAGUCAUGAAGAGAGACAGAGUGAUAGGACCAUGUAAAAAAUUUAAACUUUUCCAUGGUAUAAGACACUGUAUUCAAAGUUAAAAGGCACAUGACAG